AGUAGGGCUUGAAACAUCAUAACCUCAAAUUUGACGUACACAAAACUAUUGUUUAUACUACAUAUUAUUUGAAGUAACAGUUAUAUCAAGUUUUAGUCUUCCGGUAGUUUAAGUGUCGAUAAAGUCAUACUUAAAUAUAACGGUGUUUAAAAAAUAUAAAAAUUUGCAUAAUGCCAACGACGCACGAUACAUACUAAAAUCAACAGAUAAAAUGUGCUUUUAGAUAGAGUAUGAUCAGCAUAGAACCAACCAAAAAAUAUGUUAUUAAAAUGUAUUCGACUAAAGAAAAUUUACGCAAGGUGUAUUUUUAUACUCAUAAUAAUAGUCUGUUUAGUCAUAAUAACAUCACAAUUUUUACCAAAAGAUAAUCAAAACAACAGUUAUAAACAUAGUAAAGUAAGUAACAAUUUAAGCCAAAUUUUCGAAAAAAAGUUAAGGGACUACGAAAGCAGAAUUAUUCCUAAUUUGGGAGAUAAUGGAGAAGCAGCUUUUUUAGAUGGGAAAGAUGCAAGGGACGGCGAAAAAGCUCUAAAGAAAUUCGCUUUAAAUACAGUAUUAAGUGAUAGAAUGCCUUUGAAUAGAAAACUUAGGGACCCAAGAAACAAAAAAUGUAAAGAUUUUGCGUACGAUCCAAAACUUAAAGCAUCAGUAAUUGUGAUAUUUUAUAAUGAAUUACUAAGUGUCGUUUUACGUACAGUUUGGAGUGUCAUUUUACAAACGCCCGGCAAACUGUUAGAAGAAAUUAUACUAGUAGAUGAUGCUAGUACUGAAGAGUCUUUGAAAGGAUUGUUAGAUUAUUAUUUAGAAACGCGUUUGAAAGAGCACAGAAUCAAAAUAGUUCGAAUUAAACAUCGUUUGGGACUUAUCCGAGCCCGUCUUCAAGGUGCUAGAAUAGCCCAAGGUGAUGUUUUAAUCUUUCUGGAUGCUCAUUGUGAAGCCACUGUAGGCUGGGCUGAACCACUAUUAUCCAGGAUAGAAGAAGACAGAACAGCGGUACUAGUUCCAAUUAUAGACGUUAUAGAAGCUACCAAUAUGGCUUAUUCCACAAAUGGUGAUACUACAUUUCAAGUAGGAGGAUUCUCUUGGUCUGGUCAUUUCACAUGGAUAGAUAUACAAGAAGAGAAAGAUAAGAAUAAAUUAACGCCCGUUAAAUCUCCAACUAUGGCAGGUGGAUUAUUCGCUAUUGAAAGAAACUUUUUUUGGGACAUAGGAUCAUAUGAUGAACAAAUGGACGGUUGGGGUGGAGAGAAUUUAGAAAUGUCGUUUAGGAUUUGGCAAUGUGGAGGUCGAUUGGAAACUGUACCAUGUUCGAGAGUCGGUCACGUUUUUCGAGAUUUCCACCCGUACUCUUUUCCAGAUAACAAAGAUACCCACGGUAUUAAUACAGCUCGUUUGGCUCACGUCUGGAUGGAUGAUUACAAGAGAUUUUUCUUUAUGCAUCAACCCGGCUUAGAAAAUAAUCCCAUCGUAGGUGAUUUGACCCACAGGAAACAAUUGAGGCAAAAAUUGAGAUGUAAACCGUUCAAAUGGUACUUAGAUAACGUUUACCCAGAAAAAUUCAUUCCGGACGAAAACGUUUUUGCCUGGGGUCAAGCUCGUACUGAAUUCGAAAUGUGUCUGGAUGAUCUCCAAUUAGGAGACGACAAAGUUGGACCUUUAGGUCUAUACCAGUGCCAUCCGUUUUUGGCUAUGUCGCAAUAUUUUUCUAUAAGUCAAAAAGGGGAAUUGAGGAAAGAAAACACGUGUGCGGAGGUUUUUAAUGGGUAUGAUGUACAGUUGACUGCUUGUCAUGGGCAUCAAAGAGAGCAGUACUGGAUUCUAUUUAAAAAUGGUUCAAUUUAUAAUCCGGCGGUGAGAAAAUGUUUGAGUAGUGAAGGUGUUGAUAAUGGUAAAGGAGUAAAAGUGGAAGACUGCAAAGAUAGCGUUUAUCAGAGAUGGACUUUUACAAAUAUUAAUAAUACAGUUUAAUUUUUUUUUUCCAUACAAAUCAGGAAUCGAUAUUAAAAAGAAUCACUUCAUAAAAAAACCCGUGCUGGAAACCAAUUUGUCUACUAGACAAAACCAUGGGAUAAUAUUGUAAUUUUAAACCUUCUGUUUUUAUUUCGCCAAAAAAAUUAUUAAAAAAAAUCGUGUCAUGAUUUAUGCUCAAUAUAAUAUAUAUCUUAGUGGAUUUUAUUCAUUCAUCACUUCUUGUGACAAGUUAAUUAAUUUUAAUGGUUGUGUUUAUAAACAAAAAAACUCAUAUAUCACAAGAAUUGUUUUUUUCCUAUUUUUCUCAAUUUUUCCAUAUAUUGUAUUGUUUCCCUGUUAUAGCAAUAUAUUGUUGAAAUAAAUGCUAUUUUUUUAUAUAA